AUGCAACCGGACUUUGAGCAAAGAAGCAAGGGGCCUCGGGCCUGUACCACCUGCGCCAAGGCGAAGGCGAGAUGUAUCUCGGGGCCAGAAGGGAGUAACAAGUGUGAGCGAUGCCACCGGCUCCGGAAGCCCUGCGGCUCCCAGACCCCUGCGCCGCCGAGGCCGAAAAGGGACCCCAGGCCGACAAAGGUGUCGGAGCUCGAGAAGAGGUUGGACGAGUUGACGACGCAGCUGAGCACGACCCAAGGUAGCGCUGGUGUCAGUGCCAGUGCUGGUGCCGCCGUCGCCAACGGCACCGUCGUAGGCAGCGCCAACUCCCCGCUGCCGCCGAGCAACAGCAUCAAGCCGGCGUCGGCGAGGAUCCCGAUCAACUGCGAUCACCUUUUCCCUCCCGCGGAGGUGCUCAUGGGCGACGCAACCGGGGCCGGGGCGUCCGACACGUCGCCGGCGCCGAGCGCGUCGACGGCGGACGACCACCACACCGUCAGCAGCCACGGCGUGAGCCAGCCCGACAUCCCCGGCGAGUCGCCGUGGCCGCUGAACAACGAGCAAAACAUCUUGUUGCAGACUUUCGUGGAUGAUCUGCAGCCGCUGUACCCGUUCGUGGUGGUGCCGCCCAACAUGGGCCCGGCGCAGCUGGCUGCCGAGAGGCCGUACCUGUGGAAGGGGAUCCAGAUGACGGCGCGCCACCUGGACGCGACGAAGCAGGUGACGCUGGGGAACGAGCUGCUGCAGGACAUCGUGCAGGCGGCGUUUACGAAGCCCAGGAGGAAUCUGGAUGUGCUCCAGGGGCUCCAGCUUCUGAUUGCAUGGUUCCACUACAACAUCAACAGUUAUCAGCUUACGAACCUUCUGUUUCUGGCGAGGUCCAUGUGCGUCAGCCUGGGCUUCAAGGAGAACCCGAUCCAGUUCAAGGAGCGGGGGAAAGGGGGCGCCUGCAGCAUCAGUGUACAGAACUCCGAUGCAGAUUCCAAGACGAAGGUGCAGACCAAGGAACAGAUCUCGGCGCGGCUCGAACUGAUGAGGGCAUUUGCCGGUUGUUACUACCUCAACACGCUUGUUUUCACGACGAACAAGCGGCCGGACGCUUUCAUGAACGCCACGCACCUCGAGUCGUGCUGCCGCCAGAUCGAAGAGGUCGCCGAGUACCCGAGCGACGUGCUCCUGGUGCAGCUGUUCAAGAUCCAGCACCUCGCGCAGACCAUCUCCCUGACGCUUGGGGCCGAGAGCACGAGCUUCCAGUCACUGCAGCUGCCGCUGACCAUGGUCGUCCAGUCGUUCCAGCAGCAGCUCGACAUCUUCAAGACGUCGAUCCCGGACCACCUUAAGAACAACCUCGGUCUCCUCACCCACGUCGGCAUCGCCGAGGUCCUCCUCUACGAGAUUGGCAUCCCCGAGAGCCAGGGUCCCGCAUCCUUCAUCUCGCUGACGGAACGCCUCGAGCUGCUCUGGGGUUGCUGUAGCGCCGCCAAGACGUUCCUCGACCUGCGCUUCCCGCGCAACAACAGCAGGAGCGUCCAGCCGCGCUUCACGUGCCUCAGCUCGUCCGACUUCCUCUACGUCUUCAUCGUGUCCCUGAAGCUCAUGACGCUCGAGGUGCCCGGCUGGGACCUGCCGCUGGUCCGGAAGCACCUGGACCUCGCAGGGGUGGUGGAGAGCCAGGUCGAGCAUCUGGAUGUCUUUGUGGCGCACAGGAGCGGGCGUUUCAGGGUCGCCACCGGCGGCGGCGGCGCCGCCGCCGCUACAAAUACAUCGACAGGGACUGGGGCUGGGGCUGGAACAUCACCGGCCGCCUCGCCGACGGACGUACCCGGCCCGAACGUUGUCGACCCGUUCCUGCGGCUAACGGAGAUGCUGCGGUACUUCAAGGAACUACUCAAGGGCGAGCUGAGCGGGUUCCGGUCGCAGCCCGUCAUCCAGGAGCCGAUUCAGCUGCCGGCGAACCUGUCGGACGGCACGCAGGCCAUGAUCCGGGACCUGGACGCCAACUUCUGGAGCAGCGUCCUGGGCGAGGGGGACGCCGAGACGUGGGACUUCGGGCCCAUGCUUCCCACCAUGGACUGGACUGCCACUUGA